CUGUCCUAGCUGCUGGGAGCUGCUGAGGGAAGGGGCAAGCGGUGGUGCGCCCAAGGGGAGCUCCUGGGUGGGUCUGUUUGUUUGCAGAAAGAACUCAUUGAUCCUUCUCUCUGUCUUGUUGCAGGCGAAGGACAGUGAUGACGAUGAUGAAGUCACCGUCAGUGUGGACAGGGACCGCUUCAUGGAUGAGUUCUUUGAACAGGUGGAAGAAAUACGAGGGUUCAUCGAUAAAAUCUCAGAGAACGUGGAGGAAGUGAAGAGGAAGCAUAGUGCCAUUCUUGCUUCACCCAACCCUGAUGAGAAAACAAAGGAGGAGCUGGAAGAGCUCAUGUCAGACAUCAAAAAGACAGCGAACAAAGUGCGCUCCAAGCUAAAGAGUGAGUACACACCGGUGCUGCUGCAAGGCGCUGGGGGGGGUCUGGUGAUGUCCCUGAGGCCAGCACUUCUCAAUGAUCCCUGUUGUGCUGUGGCAGUCAGCUCUGGUAUGAGCCCAUCACAGAAUCACAGAAUGGCCCGGGUUGGAAAGGGUCUCGAGGAUCACGAAGCUCCAACCCCUCCACCACAGGCAGGGCCACCUCCACAUUUAAUACCAGACCAGGCUGCCCAGAGCCCCCUCCCGCCUGGCCUUGAACACCUUCAGAGACAGGCCAGCAGAGGCAGCCCCAAACCCCCUGGGCACCUGCUGCUCUGGGCAGUGACCGCGCAGAGCGCAGUCUCACCUGGAACAUCGGUGCCCUCAGUUUUCUCCUGCUAUCCAAGUGAUUUUUCCACCUCCGUUUCCCUCAGCACCCUCCGGUGGGUCCCAUCCGGCCCCACAGAUGUGUUGCAGCCCAGGUGAAGCAGCAGGUCGCUCACUCUUUCCUCCUAAUCGUGGGGUUUACUCUGCUCCCUCCCCUUUGUUCCAGCUCAAGGUCUGAGUACCCCGAGGAUAACCAGUCUGUUAAAGACAGAAGUAGAGAGGGCUUUGAGAACCUCAGCC